AUGCAUUUUCAGACAUUCCAAAGUGAAAAUGAUACUUCAAGGGGAGGUAGCGAUAAUUUGUCCUCAGAAAUUAUUCAUAACGAUGGAGUUGAUAAUGAAAAUAUUGAUUCACAAUUCAUUAAUGGAAAUUCCAAUCAAAUGUUGAGAGCUAAUCGACCUUCCUCUUUCCAAACUAUUCUCGAGCCGAAUCUACAACAGACCUCUCAACAUAGGGAAGAAUUGCAAUACGAUGACCAUUUUAUUCAAAUUUAUAAUAAUUAUUCCAAUCAAUUUGAACCUCAUUAUACACGUUCUUUUAAUUUUCCUUAUAUCAGAAAUUUCAAUUCGAAUUCAGAGUUAAAUUCAGAUUGUAAUAAUUCAGAUUCCAACAUUGUGAAUCAAUCUAAUGAAAAGAAUAACACUUUUUAUUUAUCUUCUCAGGUUGAGAGAAAUUCAUCAUCUCCUUCUCGAAAGAGAAUUCAAAAUACUGAUUCUCGAGUAGAUUCCAAUAUGGAUUAUGCAGCAACAAAUUUUUAUGAUGGAUAUUCUCCUGUUAGUAUCUCCAAGUCUCCAUUUUCUAAGAGAAAUAGAGGUUAUCUUCACAAUGUUGUAAUAACACAUCAUAUUUGUGAUCUGGCUCCAGAGAUUUUAUCAUACAUUCUCCAAUAUUUGGAUACUUAUGAUUUGUUCACAUGUGCCAGACCAAUCUGUAAAAAGUUUAAACAAUCUGUUGAUCAGGAUAGCGAGUUGUGUGCCAGUGGUUUUGAGAUACCAGCCAAUGUUCCAAUCAGUUUGAACGAGCAAAGCUUUAUUAGGGAUAUCUUUUCAAAAAGAGCACCAAACACAUGGAGAAAAGUUGUGUUUGUAAAGCAACAUUUCCUCUCAUUGCCUUUUUUUGAAAAGAUUUUCACAGAGUGUAAUAAUUUGGAUCAAGUGGUGAUUAAGGAUUGUCAUCAAUUUCAAGAAUCAUCCAUUCCAUUACUUCUUAACAUGGCUUCCAAGUUGAAAAAGCUUGAGAUUCACAGCUCAUCAGGUCUAAUGUCACCAACCAGAAGAAAUCACAAUGCUAAUCAUCAGAAUGGAUCCAAUAGUGAUGAGAAGGAUGGUUGGAGAGUCAUUUCUGAAUCACCUCUUCCAUUAACAUGUCUCAGGCUUACAAAUUUUAAAUCUACCAGUUCAGUGGUGAGAAUGAUUUCUGAAAACCUUCUUCCACAUUUGAAAGAGUUGAAAAUUAGUCGACCACCUGUUAAUUCUAUUAACAUGUCUCAUAUGGAUGCCAUGACAAACAAACUUUUGGAUUUAGAACAUUUCGAACUGGCUCUCCCGUUAUAUGCUACUGAUUUUAAUCAUAACAGUUCUUUAGUUGUUGUCGAUUCUCUAGUGCAAGCCCUUUUAAUUAAGAAUGUACCUCUUGUAUACUUGUCAUUGGAAGGGGUUUCUUGCUCCAUCAAGACAUUUGUGAAUAUAUUUUCAUACGGUUUGGCUUUGGAACACUUAGCCAUAGAUUUACAUACCAACACUUUAAGUAUUGACAGAUCAGCGUCUUUGAUCGAUAAUGAAGAGUUUUUCAAACCUUUGGAUAGAUUGAAGAGUGUCAGAAUAAGGCUUGAUGACAAGCAUAGAAUUCACAACUUUAACAAUGGUUUAAUUGUUAAAUAUUGUCUCCCAAGUGUUCAUCUGAAAUCUAUUGAAUUAUCAAAGAUUUUAUUGACUGAUUACACUCAAUUCCUAGAGGCAUUUUCACACUGUAAAUAUAAUCUCAAGACACUCAAAUUGGUAGGAACAUUUUUACCAUCUUCAGUACUCCUCUCAGUUCUUUCCAAUUGUCCAAAUGUAGAACAUUUAGUAGUAUCUAAUAGAUCAAACGAGUUUCUCUUCAACAAGGUAAUUGAGGAAGAAAGUGAAGGUGAAGAGGAUUGUACUAGCACUGGAAGUGAAAGUACAGGAACAAGUACAAGUGAUGGUUCUCUAUCUCCACCAUCAUCAAUUGGAUCUUUUGGAAGUAGUUCCAACUCGUCCAAUUCCUCGCCAGAGAGAAUUAUAAGAUCAGGAACAGAUGUCAAUGAUGAAGAUCUUGGUAAGAUUCUCACAUGUUGCCCAAGGUUACAAUACCUGUCUAUUAAGAGUGAUAACAUUACUGGUACUUUUCUCUCACAACUUCAAAAUUCGCUUUCUCUCUACCACUUGACAUUGAAUUCCAACAGGUUGAAAUUUAGUGAAUUGAGCUCAAAUAUCAAAUGUCCACUUAUUAGAAGUUUAGUCAUCCACUCCAGGUCUAUUGUGGAUCAAGACAUCCAACAAAUUUGCUUAGUUUUCAACUCAUUGAAUGUGUUAACAUUGGAUAGUAUGCAAUUAACCAGUGAUAUUUUCUAUCACAUCUCUAAUUUUGGUCCAUCUAUUGUUACACUCAAUAUCUUCUCCAACGUUGCCUUUGAACCACCAAAAGCUCUAUCAAGAAACAGUAACUCUUUCUUGAGAAAUAUUUACUUUUAUUCAUGGAAGGAAAUACCUCUUAGAAUGUAUAAUAUGCUUCAAAUAGCAUUUCCAAGAUAUCAAUAUAAGAGGAAUACCUUCUUUUCACAUAACGAGUCUCUUUCCAUAGUUGAACAGUCACUGAUAAUGAAAUAUAUUGAAAAAUUGAUAUUAGAAACCUUUUCCGUAGAAAAAUCAAAAAUCAUUCUCUCAGAUCACAAUUUAUUGGAAAAACUUUACGAAAUUUCACUCAAAGUUUUAUCCCUUCAACUCAUCAGUGAAAAUUGCAUUGUUUUUGAAAGUCAAUUAGCCAAAGAACACAUGAUAGACGAAUUGAAAGCACCUUUCCAAUUUCUUCUGUCUCUUUUUGAAAACCUAAUUUAUUCUGAAGGAAAAUCCAAUGAAAAUUUACAACAUUUCCUCAACCGUCUAUUUGAAUUACCAUUCAAAGAGUUAGAAGACACCUCUAAAUAUACCUUCAACACCAUCAGCCAUGAACUGGCCUAG